AUGGCGUUACUUUUGCGCGGUACAGCAUGUAACCGGACAUACUUUGGUGAAGUGGGACGCACGUAUGAACUAGAAAUUCGACGUCCGCGUGAAGAUCGUUUGCCUUUCCUGUGUCAUCUCAAUUUUACUGCUGGUGGUGGUUCAUAUGGUGACCUAAUUCAAUUAACAUUCGACACCUUUACCGUUGGCAAGUUUGUAUCGUUUACAACCGACGGUUGUCCAGACGGUCACAUGAGUAUACGAGAGGUGGAUCGUCCAGCGUCAGGUGGUCAAUGGUGUGGAAGUGCUUGGGGUUAUACAGUAUAUUAUAGUGAAGCACCAUCACUUAAUGUUUCAUUACAAUUGGAUCGUCUUAGCCAACAGGGAAUUGGUUACAACUUUGACUUUAAAUUGGCGUAUAAAUUUUUACGACGCAGUGAAGCAAAAUUGCGUUAUGGUAACAGUUCAAUGACAACAUGGCGUGGUGAACUUGAAACUGGUACAUAUUGUGAUCGUAUCUUAACAAAUUGUGAUCGACGUCCAUGCCGUAUACAAUCACCAAAUUAUCCUGGUGUAUAUCCACGUAAUAUUACAUGCCGUUAUCGUAUCGAACAGCGUUUGAUACCUCGUGGGAAACAUGCAUUAUUGGCUGUCCGGCAGACGAAUAGUCAUAAAGUUCAUAUCAAAGAUCAAAUUGUUAAAUAUGAUCGUAGCCAACGGGUUUUAAGAGUUUGGGAUCAAUGUAAUGUUGUACAAGAUUAUCUAACAUUUUAUGAUGGUCCAAACAGUGAUGACCCUGUGCUGGUACGCCUAUGCGGUGGUGAUUCUGUACCAGACAUUGUAAGCAGUGGACCGGACAUGUUAUUGGAGUUUCACACAUCACCCUAUGACAAUCCAUUUCAUCCGGUGCCAUUGUCAUAUCUUCCUGGCUUUGAAUUAGAAGUACAGGUGGUGUUCGUCGAUUUGGAUUCACAAAGUUACGUCAGAGAAAAAGGACGAUGUGAAUUUCUAGUAACAACAUUUCAUUCAUCAUCCGGAACAUUAGCAAAUCCACGUCAUUCAUUACCGCCAAAUACAACAUGUAAAUAUCAUUUUCAAGGUCGGCCAAAUGAGAUUGUUUGGAUUUCAUUUAUAAAAUAUCACUCAGCCAGCAUUGAUUCAACGGCAUUUGAUCAAGGAAAUGAUGGUAAUGCAACACAAUUAAAAAUAUGGGAUGGUCGAUUACAAUCCCCUCCAAAAAAAUCCAAUGCACAUAAUUUAACAUUACUCGGAGAAUUUUCUAAAGAUGAGGUACCACGUCUUUGUGAUCACACUCUACUAAGUAAUAAUACACGAUUUACACGACCAUGCUCCUUAUCAGAGAGUUAUGUAUCAAGUGGUCCAGAAUUAACUAUUGAACAUUUUCUAAAACAAGGUAGUGCUUUAUCACCCGUAAGCUUUUUGUUACGAUACGAGUUUGUCGAUGUAUCUCAAGAGGGUAUACCCAACACAUUAUCGCAUAAUCCAUGUGAUCGUAUUUUUAAAUCACAACCAAAUACACCAGCAUAUGGUCGUUUUCAAGCACCACGUAGUACGUUCUUCUACGGACGCGGUGGUUCGCAAAAUUUAAGCUGUAUAUUCCGUUUUGAAGCGGGAAAAAAUGAACGGGUUCGUUUAAGUUUUAAUAAAGUAUUGUUCGGUGAUAAAAGUUGUGUAAAUAAAAAAGAUAUUCGAACACAACGUUGGAAAUGUGAUCGACAACAUCGUUGGAGUAAAAUAUUUGGUAUCGGAGAGCUACAAAUAUCGGAAUAUCCCUGGCCGGGUAUUAAUUUACCUCGUGAUUGUAUUUGUACGAAUAUUACGGAACCUUUUAAAAUACAAACAUUAACCUCGCAAAUAAUUGAAGUAAAUUUUACAAUUACUUUCAUGAAUAUAACACAAGAUUUUAAUGACUUUUAUUUCGAGGGGGAAUACUUUUUUGUACCCAAAAAUGAUUUUGACGAUGAAAUAUGUGCAUCACAUUGGGGCGAUCGACGAUUACGUGGGACCAGUGGUGAAAUAGCGUUACGUAGUCCCGAAAUGAAACGUACAUCAAAGACAAGUAAUGCGGAAAGUAUUUACCUUGAAAGUGACCAAACAAAUAUACGAAACACCAAUGGUCAUAAUAACAAAAAAUGCGUCCAUCAACCAUGGUUAAUCGAACCAGAAGAUGCGGAAAAUAAUUAUUUAUAUUUAAAAAUACGAGGUCGGGAAAUUAUUUCAUCACAAUUUUGUGCCACAACAAAUCGUAUUAUCGUAUACUCGGGAUCGGACACACAAUCACCUCGGAUUAUUUGCCCAGCAUCAAGUAUGGCAAACGAUGAGAAUGAUAGUUCGACUAAUUCAAAUAGUAUUGUUGAAAUAUUCUCGGAGGGUUGGAAAUCAUCUUCAUUGACAGAUGAAGUUACUUCGUUAAUGAAACCACAAGCUAGAAGUUUUGUGGUGGAAUUCUUACAAAGUGAACCGGGUAAUUAUGUUGUAACAUGGAUGGAAGUGUCAAAACGACCAUUAAGUGUACCAUCUUCAUCGUCUAGUAUUAUGAUAUCAACAGCUUCCUCGUCUUCAAGUAGUUCAUCAUUUUUUAUGACAACAGUGAUUGAUUGUCCUUACAGAUGUCCCGAACUAAAUGCUUGCAUAAGUGAAUCAUUAUGGUGUGACAAUCUACAACAUUGUCCAUCUGGAUUCGAUGAAGAAGAAUCAAAUUGUGCAUAUCAAUUUGGUGUUCCUGUAUUAUACAUAUUAAUUGGAGCAUCAGCAUUUGGUAUAUUAAUCAUAUUAAUUAUAAUCACAGCAUGUAUAAAAUAUUGUCAACAUCGACGCAGAGAAAAGAAAAAACAUUUAGCACAACAAAUCAACAAUACACAAAUAACAUCCAAUCACAUCCAUCAUCAUGUAAAUCAUCAUCAUUUACAUCAUAACAUGAAUCAUACACAACAUCAUUCACAUCAUGGAAGUAGCAUGAUGCAUCCACAAUCACAUCAUCAUAACGGUAGCCGAGGCACCUUACGACAUUACCAUCACCAUCACAAUAGUGGUGGUAAUACAACUUUGGAAGAUAUGUAUUUGGAUGGAAAAGAUAGUUUAUGUUGA